AAGGAUCCAGUGCUAGAUGGAGGUUUUCGUAGUUUGCAGAUGAUCCGGACCCGAUAUUAAUGUAGCUAAGUAAGUAGAGAAACGAUCGUCCGUAACAAGGUCGUGGACCAAUUUACCUGCAGGAAAUCUUUGGAUAAUUACGUUGUUUGGUAAAAAAUAUUUCCCGCAACCCGAAGUACAACCCUAGUCCCCGUGCCGUCGAUAUCGCAUUGCUGGUAGGUGGAACAACCACGUUUUUUUCUUUUGCCUCCCCGACUCCUGCUUGCUGAUUUUCUUACGCAAUAGUGCUAAGAACGCUGCACGUUCUUCAUAUAGUUAUACAGCGGUCUCCACCGUUUGCCCCUUUGUGCAUGCGGUCACAAAAAUGAGUGCCCCUGCAGCAGAUGCCCCGGUGUCGAUCUCGCUGGUCAAGAGGUCUGGCGGUGUCCGACAGGUCGCCCUCCCAAGAGAUGAGAUCGGAACGAUUUCAGGCACGGACGACGUGUAUGUCCCACACUUACGGAAACUGGUUUACGAAAAGCUCCGGGAAGAGGCGCCGCCGCACUGGUCUUGCAUUUCCGCCAGGACGACUGCGGGGGACAAUCCGCUUCGUGUGAAUGUGGCAGCGUUGGAUCCCGAUUCCGCCCCUACUACCUUGUUUGCGGUACAUACACACUCGUGCGCUUUUUUCUUUGAAUGCGCAGUAGCCAAUUAG